GAGCGGAACCGGAGCGGCGGAGGAGCGGAGCCAGCGCCCAGCCCAGCCGCGCCAGCGGGCGCCGCCGGGCCCCGUGUCGGAGUGCGCCCCGCCCCGCCGGGGGAGCCCCGGUCCCUCCAUGAGAUCGCUCGGCGGGGUCCGGCUCUCAGCUCGGAGCGCGCUUGCUGUCGCCCCCCCCUUCCCAGCCGGAGCCGCCAUCGCCGCCUAACAUGAGCAAACUGUCGUUCCGGGCCCGGGCGCUGGACGCGUCCAAGCCGCUGCCCGUCUUCCGCUGCGAGGACCUGCCUGACUUGGCCGAAUAUGCCUCCAUUAACCGGGCCGUGCCGCAGAUGCCCACGGGCAUGGAGAAGGAAGAGGAGUCGGAACAUCAUUUGCAGCGGGCUAUCUCAGCACAACAAGUCUAUGGAGAGAAGAGGGAUAACAUGGUUAUACCAGUUCCAGAAGCAGAAAGUAAUAUUGCAUACUAUGAAUCUAUAUAUCCUGGAGAAUUUAAAAUGCCAAAGCAGCUGAUUCACAUACAGCCUUUUAGUUUGGAUGCUGAGCAGCCAGAUUAUGACUUGGAUUCGGAAGAUGAGAUCUUUGUGAAUAAGUUGAAGAAAAGAAUGGACAUCUCUCCUUUGCAAUUUGAGGAGAUGAUAGACAGACUAGAAAAGGGCAGCGGUCAGCAGCCAGUCAGCCUGCAAGAGGCCAAGCUGUUGCUGAAGGAAGAUGAUGAAUUGAUCAGAGAAGUAUAUGAGUACUGGAUUAAAAAGAGGAAAAAUUGUCGAGGUCCUUCACUUAUUCCAGCAGUGAAGCAGGAAAAACGAGAUGGUUCCAGCACAAAUGACCCUUAUGUUGCUUUUAGAAGACGAACGGAAAAGAUGCAGACACGAAAAAAUCGAAAAAAUGAUGAAGCUUCUUAUGAGAAGAUGCUGAAGCUGCGUCGAGAUCUGAGUCGUGCAGUAACCAUCCUGGAGAUGAUAAAAAGGAGGGAAAAAAGCAAGAGAGAGUUGCUGCAUUUAACACUGGAAAUUAUGGAAAAGAGGUAUAAUUUGGGUGACUACAGUGGAGAGAUCAUGUCUGAAGUCAUGGCACAGCGGCAGCCGCUUAAACCCACCUAUGCUAUUCCCAUUAUUCCUGUGACUAACAGCAGUUCUUUUAAACACCAAGAAGCUAUGGAACUGAAAGAAUAUAAAGUUAAACAAGAUAAACCUGAUGUUAUUAGACCCAAAAGAAAGUAUGAGAAGAAGCCAAAAGUCUUACCUUCGUCCGCUGCUGCUACUCCUCAACAGACAAGUCCUGCUGCACUGCCAGUCUUUAAUGCUAAAGAUUUGAAUCAGUAUGAUUUUCCUAGCUCAGAUGAUGAACCUCUUUCCCAGGUUUUGUCUGGUUCUUCGGAGGCUGAGGAGGAAAAUGAUCCCGAUGGGCCUUUUGCCUUCCGUAGGAAAGCAGGCUGUCAGUACUAUGCUCCUCAUUUAGAUCAACCUGGCAACUGGCCUUGGAGUAGCCCUAAGGAGGGAAGAUUAGGAGAUGUGCGUUACAGAUACUGCUUAACCACCCUCACUGUACCCCAGAGGUGUAUUGGGUUUGCACGAAGACGGGUUGGCCGUGGUGGAAGGGUGCUACUAGACAGAGCGCAUUCGGACUACGAUAGUGCGUUUCAUCAGCUGGAUUUGGAAAGGUUUUCCUCAUCGCAACACUCUUCAAUCAGUCAAUUUGCCAAUACCUCAGAAACAAAUACCUCGGACAAAUCUUUCUCAAAAGACCUCAGUCAGAUACUAGUCAAUAUCAAAUCAUGUAGAUGGCGGCAUUUUAGGCCUCGGACACCAUCCCUACAUGACAGUGACAAUGAUGAACUCUCCUGUAGGAAAUUAUACAGGGGUUUAAAUCGAACAGGCACAGCACAACCCGGGACCCAGACAUGCAGUACCUCUAUACAAAGUAAAAGUAGCAGUGGUUCAGCACAUAUUGAAAGUGAAACAUCUUUGGGCCUGGUGCAUCAAAUACUAAAUCACACUGAUGGCUCUAAGUCUCUCCAAUCUUCUGAAUUCACUGCAUUUACAGCCGAACAAUACCAGCAACAUCAGCAGCAACUGGCACUAAUGCAGAAACAGCAGCUUGCACAAAUUCAUCAACAGCAAGCAAAUAGUAAUUCCUCUGCCAACACAUCACAGAACCUUGAAACUAACCAACAGGAAAGUGGCUUUCGCCUGAAUCUACAUCAUAGCCAUUCUGUAAAGUGUUUAGAAGGGACACUGCAGGGUUUUGUUUCCAAGACACUGGAUUCUGUUAGUGCUCAAUUUGCUGCUUCAGCUUUGGUUACAUCAGAACAGCUGAUGGGAUUCAAAAUGAAGGAUGAUGUGGUGCUUGGAAUUGGGGUGAAUGGCAUUCUUCAGGCCUCAGGAGUGUACAAGGGCUUACACCUCAGUAGUACUACACCUACAGCACUUGUCCAUACAAGUUCAUCAUCAACAGCAGGUUCAGCCUUGUUACAGCCUUCAAAUAUAACGCAGACUUCAAG